AAGUUGUACAGUUGAAACGGAUAUAAACAUAUAUAAACAUAUAUAAAUAUAUAUAUAUAAAUAUAUAUAUAUAACCAUAUUAAUUGUAUUACAAAGAUGCUUCGAAGGAUCAGUGGUAUUAGAUCAUUUUCUUCAGGGGCUAUAAGAUAUAGUGUUCGUCAUGAAGGUGGAUUUCGUAAUACUGAUUCCGAUAUAGAGAGUGAUGAAAUUAUAACGAGUAAUAAUCCUUGGUCUCCUACAUUAUAUAAUGAUAUCGUUUCUAUACGAAAACCAGGACAAUUAUUCGAUACUAAACUUCCAGAUAAUUAUAGAUUAUCUUAUCAAGCUUUAUAUGAAGCUCCAGGUUCUAAAUAUGUUUCUAUGUUAAAGAGAUUAACAUUAAGUUUUUCAGUUCUUGGAUUAUAUGGAGCCAAAUUAUUUUAUGAUUCAGCACAAUUCGAAGAUAUUUAUGCUAUAGCAACAUUUUUUUCAUGUUCAGCACCAGCAGUAUUUGUUCAAUAUAAAACAAAGGAUUAUGUUACUAGAAUAUUUCGAUUAUAUAAUAAAGAUUUACCUCAAACUUUAGAAAAUUUAGUUAAAGAUGAGAAUUUAAUUAUGGAAAAGUUGAACUUUUCUGGAGGUAGAACUUAUAAUGAAUUAUUAAAAGUAUCUGGUAAUAAAUCAUUAAUAGUUCUGGAUCCACCAAAAUUUCCUUUACUUAAUGCUUAUGGAAAUUGGGAAGAGAUUGAUCCUGAAUCAAAUAAAAAGAGACAUUAUUAUGUAGUAGAUAAUAUUGGAGGUUUAAAGAUGGAUAGAAUUUGGGGUAUAUUAGAGCAUAAUAGGGGAAUUAAUAAUGGAAGGUGAGCCCUCCCCCACUAGGAGUGGAGUGGACUGCACUGCACGACAUUCUUGUUUAAUUUUAUGUAUUAAUACCAAGAAAUAUUACUUGUAAAUAUAUAUCUGCGAAAUUUGAUAUAGCCACCCAAAAUAAAAAAGUGCGCCGU